AACAUGGACGUGAAGUCGGUUGCCGUGAUUGGCGCAGGCGCAGCUGGGGCCAUCACGGCUGCGGCGCUGAAGGCCGAAUCUUAUUUCGAGCGUAUCAAGGUGUUUGAACGGCGAGAAGCUGCGGGUGGUACAUGGAUCUAUGAUGCUGACCCAGGGGCCAAGCACCCUAUCUUCCCUGGAAAACUGCCUGUCGAUGUCGACAGGCCUCUUGAAAUACCCCCGGAAUUGCCAACAAUCACCCAGCCUUCCAAGCGGGAGCGCUGGACUACUACCCCCAUUUAUAGUACAUUGACAACCAAUGUCCCGGACAUAGCAAUGUGCUUCUCAGACAAGCGAUUCGCGUAUGGGCCAUUCGUGCCCCACUACAUAGCUCGGCAGUACGUGGAAAGCUACUUCGCUGCUCACCACACCGAUGACUUUCUUGAGCUCAAUACGACCGUGGAAGACCUCUCCAUGGUGCUCGACUCCGAGAACAAGAAAAAACAAGAUUGGAACCUGACUCUACGAAAGUACGACCCUGUUCGCCGCGUCGACAUCUGGUGGGAGGAGAGAUUCGAUGCUGUAGUGCUGGCCAAUGGUCACUACGCGGUGCCCUACGUCCCGCAGGUUCAAGGUCUUGAAAAUUACCUCCUUAAGUACCCUGGGCGAGUGCUACAUUCCAAGUUCUAUCGCUCUCCAGACCUUUUUGCAGGCAAGCGUAUCGUCGUAGUAGGUAACUCUGCCUCAGGUCGCGAUGUGAGCUUAGACGUCCUCAAGACAGCAAGGCUGCCCGUGGUCAUAUCCCAACGCUCGAAGUCGAGGUGGGAUGGCGACCAACCACCAGAAGGGAUCGAGUGGAAGCCAAUCAUCAAGGAGUUUGGUACUGAUGGCAGGAUCACGUUUAAUGAUGAGAGCUAUCUUGACGACGUCGACAUCGUCGUAUAUUGUACCGGGUACAAGACCUCGUUCCCUUUCUGGAACGAAAAGGCGAAUGGACGAGCUCUAUGGGAUUACGCGGAAAACAGGCUACGAGGUUGUUAUUGGCACACUUUUCUCCGAGACUUUCCCACAAUCGCUCUCGUUGGCGUACCCCGAACAUUGACCUUCCGGAGCUUCGAGUACCAAGCCAUCGCGAUCGCACGAAUAUGGUCGAACAGAAACUCUACAGCACUGCCAUCGCUUCGAGAUCAAGAAGAGUGGGAAAAAGCACGGGCGAAGCGAACUAGAUCUGAGGGAAAGAAGUUCCAUGACAUUCCAUGGGAUAAUGGGGAGACAACGGAGUAUUUCGACUUUCUGUUCAAGAUCGCAGGACUCGGGACAAUCCAUGGCGCGGGCAGGGUCCCCCCCGUACUAGGCAAGGACAUGGUAUGGGCUAUUGAGCAUCUUCGCAAGUACCCUGAUCCUCCUCAAAGAGACAACCAAUGCAUAGAAGCCGAAGGAGAAUGGGUUGUCGUGAAAAGUUCGCGCCAAGAUAGCCUAGCUUUUCUAUAAUGGCGCGUCGCAGGCCGCACGAACGCACAUAUAUGCC